AUGGAAGGAAAACCAGAAAUUCUUCAACUCUACGAACUCCAGUAUUCUGAUCUUAUACUAUUGUCUUCCAACAAAUCACAACAGUCGCCGGAGGAAAUCAGGCGGCUGGAAACAGUUUCUGAAAUAGUUAUGCAAAAUUUAGGCCCGACAGGACCCGGCCUGCUAUCGAUUGUCGGCGUUCCCAAAGCUUCCAUUCUCCGGCAAGCUCUCCUUCCUUUAGCUCGAAAACUCUCUCUUCUCAAUAACGAUAACCGAAAACUCAUCCUCAAGGAGCACAGUUUGGGGAGUGAUGUGCCGUUGAAGGACCUGGAUAGAAUCGUGUCGUCAUUUGCAAUGCAAAUGAAGUAUGAGCAAAGAACUAAUGGAGUUAAUAAUAAGAAAAUGGAAGGGGAGUUUGAGGAUGAGGAAUUUAAGAAUCUAGGAAGAGUGUUUAAGGAGCUAGGGUUUUGUAUGAUGGAGUUAGGGCUUUGUCUUGCUCGAAUUUGUGAUAGAGUAGUUGGUGGCCAUGAGCUAGAACAUAGCUUAUUGCAGUCUGGGACAGCUAAAGGGCGUUUGAUACAUUAUCAUUCACGUAUAGAUAAUUUCGUUCUAAAAGAAGCAGCCAAAAGGAAAGGACGGAGAAUUAGCCAAGUUAAUUUGGGUAAUGAAGUUAAGGUAUGUGAUGAGAAGAAGUUGGAUUUGUGGCAGCAGUGGCAUUAUGACUAUGGAAUAUUUACAAUUCUGACAGCCCCGAUGUUUAUGUUGUCUAAUGCAAAUUUUGAGCUAGAAUGCGAGUAUCCAAGUGAUCAUACAUAUUUACAAAUAUUGGAUCCUGAAAAAAAUCGUGUGCUUAUGGUGAAGGCGUCUAUGGAGAGCCUUAUUGUUCAGGUGGGGGAAUCUGCGGAUGUGCUUUCAAAGGGGAAGCUACGGGCCACACUUCAUUGUGUUUGCAGACCGGAAAAGAUGGAGAAUUUGAGCAGGGAGAAUUUUGUUGUUUUUUUACAGCCGGCAUGGAGCAAGAAUUUUCAUCUUUCAGAUUAUCCCAUGGAACGGUUAACUUCAAGCAGUCAGGAUUCUGAGUCAUAUCGUGAGGGGACACAUGGUGCUGGGAAGGAUUCAAAUGGAUUGACUCAAAAUAUCCAUCAGUUAGUUCCACCACUACAUUCACGGCUGAAGGAUGGAAUGACCUUUGCUGAAUUUUCAAGAGAGACUACAAAGCAGUAUUAUGGUAGCAGCGGUUUGCAGCCAAACAGAUAG